GUCUAGCUACCCAUGUUAGUCUUGACCCAUCAUGUCCUGGUAUGGUGAUGGAGAUGCCACAGAGAAUGGUGGCCUGUUUUGCGUGGCCUGCGGCCUUCCGGGCGCCGAGUGGCGCUGUGCGCGGUGCAAGGCACCCUACUGCUCUGCCCCGUGCCAAAAGGGCGACUGGAAGCAGCACCGGGCGACCUGUGCCGGGAAGAGCGAAUCUCGUGACCUGAAGUGCCUUUUGCAGCCCUGCAGCUUUAGUAGCUGGAAGGAUUUGGGGCGAGGUGACCAGCUCCUGAAACUGAAGAAGAAGGAGUGCUUUGGUCUUGCCCUGCUGGAAGCUCUGCAGAAGAUGCCAGCCUGGCGAUUAGAGCCCGUGAAUGGGCGCUGCGUGGUCUGGAUCCUGGGAGCGCGAGAUGGCAUUGAGAAACGGCAGAUUCUGGAAGGUGGCUGGCACCGGCUGCUGUCUUGCCUGGACGUUGGUUGGGACAUCGUUCUCAUCGGCCCAGAGAUGGAAGAGGACAAGGCAGUCUUGGUGCACAACGGCACCAGGGUUUUCACCUUUGCAAUGCUGCUCCAUGAGAUCGAGUUGCCCGAACAUCUGCAAAAGCCAAGCUUCGUUUGUGCCUUCAACUCAGGUGUGGGAGCCAGCGUCCCAUUGCAUAUGAAGUCCUGGAUUCCAACGCUGGUGCUCCUCCUCCGCUUGAAGCUGCCUUUAUUGUUCACUUGCUUUGGUCUCCAUGAAGCUCGCUUGGAAGCCUCGCUCUUCGAGGCUCUAGAAGUGAACUUCACCAAGCACCAGGAGGGCCACUUCGGCCAUGUCCUGGAAGCGGAUAAACCUCUGAGCGUUUGCAACGCCAUGUUCACCUGGCUGCAGGGCAGCAAGCUUGAGGAGGACGGCUUGGCGAACGCCGCUGAAGCGGUUCAGAAGCAAAUCGAGGCGUGCCAGCUCUUCCAGUUCCUGAAAGAGAUGCGGAGCCACAGGUUGAUCCUGUCGGAUCCGGAUCGCUCGGCGCACACGGGCUGGGCGGAGAUGUACGAUGGUCGCUUUGUCCCAGCCUUGAAGCAUGCCUUGGAGGAGGAUGACGAUGAGAAGGGGGGCAUUCAGCAGAUUGUACGCUGUGCCAUGAAGACCGUGGCUGCUGCGUGCGAGGUGCCUUGCUGCGCCCGGCUCUUCCGACGCUUGGGUCUGGAGGCGCUGCAGCGCUUCGGGCGCUGGGCGGCUGAAGCAGAGUGGACCCGACAUCAGUGGGUGCGAGAGGAGGUACAGGCAUGGCUGCAGGAUGCACAGCGCUAUUUGGAUCGGACAGCAUCGUUUCCCGAUUUGGACGCCAUCAGCGAGGAUCAGGAGACGAUCCUCUUCCACGCGCGCCUGGAGGUCCGAAGAGCGACGCCACUCUGGGCGGCACCGGAGCGCCGCACGAGCUCUCCGUUGGGAACGGUCGGAAAGGGACAGAUACUACAAGCACAAGCGCUCAAAGGUCUUUGGGUUCGUGUGAGCCACCGGGACAACGAGCAGCGGGAGCGCUCCUGCUGGCUGCAUGGGUAUGAUGAGGAGCAUGGUCAUGUUUGCGAUAUCACCUUUUGGGAUUUUAGCCGCUUUACCCGCGCGGAAGCAGCAAAAAGAAUCGAAGACGCUUCUCUUGUGGCGGGGCGCGCGCGCGAACUGGCGACCAGCUGGAGACGUGCUGUUGAAGGUGCUUCGGAUUUGAUGAGAUGA